GAACCAAGAUGACAUCAAAAAGGUUAACCAGAUCAAAGAGUCAGAGAAAUCUGGUACUAGAGCCUACCCUGCUCAAAUGAUUAGUUCACUAACCAUUUGUUCUAUAACUAUGACAUUGUCAUUAGAAAUUGUUCAAGAUGAAAACAGGAGAAAUUUAGAAAGUGUAGUAGAAGAACAAAGAAAUUUAGCAGUGGAGAGAGUUGAACAUAGUUGGAUGUUAGAAAAUUUAGAAGCAAGAAGAGCAGAGAAUAGAGAACAAGGUGUAGAAGGGGAAAGAGUAAGGAGGGUUCAUUUUGGAGAAGAUAAUGAUGUAGUAUAA